GACGGAUGUCCACCCCAGAGCCCUAGUUCAGAGCUCUUCCACGCUGCUGCCCACACUGUAGGUAGGGAACAGCACCGGUGUGGACGUCCUCACAGGGCCAGCCUGCCAGGCUUCUGUGGGCUACUGGGUCUCCGAUGCUGGCAGGCACACCAGGGCAGCCCAUGGUCAUUGCCCAGGGCAGGGUCUACCUGUGCUUUGCAGUGCUGGGCUGGAGCUGCUGUGAGAGCGACUGUCGGGCACAGGCAGGCGGCGGUCGCAGGAGGGAAUUCAGGUGGCUGCUGCACUGUGGCUGAAGGUGAAGUUUUGCCGGGGACAGGAUGGAGAUGGUGUGGCUGUACGUGGUGCUGAUCCCUGUGCACCACGUCCUUGCUGUGACCUGGCUGUACCUGGCUAAGCAGCCUUCUCUGCGGGCGGUUCUCCAAGACCCCAGUGGCUGCGAGGGUCUGACGGGGCUGGUAGAAGGGCAGGUCCGCAUUUGCCGGCAGCAGGUGGAAGCCAUGGAUGCGGUGAAGCGAGGUGCGGAGCUGGCUGUUGAGGAGUGCCAGCACCAGUUUCACUCUCGCCGGUGGAACUGUUCCACCCUGCAGGGGCUGCAGGUCUUCGGCAAGGUUACCAUCCAAGGCACGCGGGAGUCUGCUUUCAUCCACGCCAUCUCUGCCGCCGGCGUUGCCUUUGCUGUGACUCGUGCCUGCAGCCGUGGGGAGCUGGAGAAGUGUGGCUGUGACCGCAAGAUCCGAGGAGUCAGCCCCGAAGGUUUCCAAUGGUCAGGCUGCUCUGAUAACCUGUCUUACGGGAUUGCCUUUUCUCAAGCCUUCGUAGACAACCCUGAGAGGAGCCGCGGUGUCUCCUCCAGCCGAGCGCUCAUGAACCUGCACAACAACGGGGCUGGAAGGAAGGCUCUCCUGGCCCACAUGAAGGUGGAGUGCAAAUGCCAUGGUGUGUCGGGUUCCUGCGAGGUGCGCACAUGCUGGAAGGUCAUGCCUCCCUUCCGCAAGGUGGGCAACGUCCUCAAGGAAAAGUUCGAGGGGGCAACGGAGGUUCACCCCAAGUGGGUGGGUUCCCGCAAGCUCCUGGUGCCCAAGAGCUCUCGCUUCAAGCCCUACACAGCUCAUGACUUGGUCUACCUGCUGGCCAGCCCAGACUUCUGUGACCGGGACCCCCGGCAUGGGGUCUUCGGCACCUCCGGCCGCCAGUGCAACCGGACAUCCCCAGCCAUGGAUGGCUGUGAGCUCCUGUGCUGCGGCAGGGGCUUCCACACGGCUCAGGCAGAAGUGGUGGAGCGGUGCAGCUGCAAGUUUCGCUGGUGCUGCUCCGUCAAGUGCAAGCAGUGCCGGCACCUGGUGGAGGUGCACAGGUGCCGCUGA